AUGAUAAAAAAGAUACUGAACAACCUGAACAUCUCAAACGAAGAAAAGGAUGACAAUUUCAGCCACAGCGAAAACAUUUUAAACCUAAUCGAAGGAAUAAUUAUACACGAAAAUUCCUACUGGAAAUAUGUGAACAUAUUAAACGAAUUAACAACGCUAUGUUAUGAGGACCCAGUGAAUUUUCGGAAAUUUUUUUUUGUAAAAAAUGAAAAUGUCGAAAAAAAGAAAAAGACGGCUAGCCAAAUAUUGGACAGAAUAUUAAUCGUCGUUGAAAAAUAUGAAGACGCGAGGAGCACAUUUCUUUACGCAAUUGCCAAGUUAAUAUUUAUCAAUGCCUUCGAUCUGAACGUCGAAAUUGUGCGCACCCUCUGCGACUUGGCGCACAACGAGGAAUACAAGUAUGACGUGCACUCGGUCUUCGAGGAGAUCGUGGCGGCGGCGAUGCUGAACUCGGCCGAGAAAGAAACGCUGAAGAACAUUUUCAGGGGACUACAACACAUGCCAAGGGAUAAAGCGAUCGCGCGAAGCUUCACCAGUUGCAUACAUAAAGUCAUCAAGCUGUUGCGGGGCUCCUUUGAUGAGCACAUCUUGGGAUUCCUCUCCGUGGCGACGCUGGACCGGCACAACUGCCUAAUAGCCUAUGACGAGGGGCUCCUGAAGAUCCUCACCGCGGAGAUGACCAAACGGGAGGAAGACGACUUCGAAGAGGCGCCGCCCCACCUCGAGACGGUGUACCGAAUAGUGCAGCAACUCAGUGGGAACCACGUUAAGCACUGCGCCAUGCUGGUAAAGGAAAAAAUGCACCUAAAUUUCUACUUCAAGAAAAUCAAGGAAAUAAUAAAAAAGGAUUUUAUGAUUCAUUUUUCAAAAAAAAAAUCCAUCUUUUGCAAUAUAAUUCUCAAUACAAUAAAUAAUAUCUGCACAUUUGAGAAGGAAAUUCUAUUCGAGUUGUGUAACUCUCACCACUUAAUCGAUCUGCUUCUAAUUGGCAUUAAAAUGGAGAUGAGCAACCCCUAUUUUUUAAGCGCAUCAUUGGCUGGGUUAUUACUAGUAUUAAAAAAUGAAGAGCUGUACAAGAGGAACAUUGCGUAUAUCUUAGAGAACACGAAGGAUUUGAAAAUAGUGCUGCCCUUUUUGUUUGGACAGAAAUAUAACUCCAUGCUCCGUUACUACCACAAGGCAGAUGGGGAAGUAGAAGUGUACCUACACGAUGUCGUCAAGCAUACGCUUGACAUUUUCGCUUUUUUCUUUUUGAAGGACGUAGAUAAAUUCGCCAUCAAGGUGAAGAAGGGGUUCAGGGACAGCGACAUAAACUACUACUUGCUCGUCUGCCUCGAAAGCCAAAACGAAGACGUGGUGAUCCGCCUCCUCAGGUGCAUCCACCUCAUCCCAUUCGACGACUGCAGGUCCAUCGAGUUCCACAAAAUCUUCUUCCUCCUGCGUGAAAGGGAAAUCACGCUGAACGAAAAGUGGAAGGAGAUCUACUACUACUGCGUCAAGAUAUACAUAAAGGUAAUCAAAAAUGAGGAAAUUUCCAAAAUUGUAGAGCAGUACAAAUUCGAGGACACCCUUACGGGCAUUAUGCGCAUCAUGAAUCAGUUCCUCUUGAGGGCGGUUAUCCUCCACAGGAAAAACGAUUUUGUGAUCACAAAAUGGAGGAAAGCCUCUCGGGGGGAACACGACGAGUACGUAGGAUGUGAAGCGGACGAUAGGGACCCAGAGGCGUACGCAAAAGUCGAUUCAGAUGAUGGCGAAAUUGACUUGAACAAGAUAACGGUGGAGUUACUACGUACUUGCUCGAGAUAUCCCCCCCUGAGAUAUUUCAUGAGAAACAACUCGGUGAGCUAUUACUUUAUAAACGUCCUGACAAAUGAGGACAGCCUGUUUAGCGAGAUAAACAUAGAUUACGACAUUUUAAUCGAACGGACGUGGUGUUCCAGCAUUGAAAACAUUUUCAAAGCGUUGGUCAAAAAUAACAUUUCAAAGGAUAAAAAAAUAUGUUUGCGUCUACUAAUCAACGUGGCCGACAUGUUCAGUGGCUACUUUUAUCAGUUCAACACAGACACGCAUUGCAACAUUUUCGAUUUAUGCAUUCUGGAAGAAAGACACUGGAAGAGGAAAAAAAUUCUGCAAUAUUUUUACCUGAUGAAUAGCGCCGACCUUGAGGAUUACAAAAAGCAGCUACACACAUUCGUCAAACUUUACAUGACCAAUUUGUACACCUUACUGGACGUGUUUGUCGAGAAUAAUAUCUUCGCCGAAUUGAAGAAAGAGCAACGGGAAAACUACUUCCCGGGGGUGCUAAAGUUUAACAAAUUGAAAUAUGAAAAAAAAAUUUCCAAAUUAAAAUUAAAGGAAAAGGAAAUCAGAUCGAAAAUGCGACCUGAACAAAUGGAGAGAAGGGAUAACAAGUCAGGCACUCCUCUCUUUGAUGAACUGCAAAAAAUUAAGGGCAAAAAGAAGAAACUCUUUUUGUGGCUACACAAUAAUAACUUCCAACAAACGUUUGACAUUUCCCUCGUGGAUGAUGACAUCGAGUGUAAUCUUGAGCACAUGUUCGAAAUGCCCAAAGUGGUGAAGAAAAAAAAAACGAUUCGCCCUGGGCGGGGAAAUGCCUACCAUGGGAAAGACCCGCCUGAUGUUACAAUUUUGAAAAGGGAAUCACCUGACGGGUCUCUGGACGAUUCACUUACUGGGGAUCUCAAAAGUGUCAACAAUGGUGCAAGUCAAAUGGAAGGGGAAACACCUCAAACGGGGAAUUUCUCCCCCCUUGGUGUAGAACAUGGUGAUAGUGGAAAAAUCCGUGGGAGGGACUCCUCCAGCAGUGAACCCUCCCAGCGUGAUGACGACUCCUCAGCCUCCUCCCUCGCAGAGGAAAACCCAAACGAAACGGUCUUAGACAAAAUCGCCUGCGAACUCUUGUCCUUUGACAAGGAAAAGAUUUAUGAGCAGAAGAGUAACCACUUGAACGCACUCCUAUUUAGCAAGAGAGGCCUUUUUGUAAAUUGCAACAAAGGGCAAAUAAAUGUGGCCCACAUUUUGCACACAUUCUUGCGCAUAUUUUUCAGCAUCAUAAUAAAUAACGUAAACAGUAAUGAACAUGAGCACUACCUACGGGUGAAAGAAUUUUUUUUAAAAACGACUGUCCUGAAGACGAUGAUAAACCUCUUAGCGCAAUGCAGUUUUUACGAUUGUAGCGUGUAUGCACAUUUCUUCCGUUUGUAUAGCGAAAUUUUGAAGCAAAAUUUGACGGCAGUGGAGUCCAUGGACAUGUUAAUUUUUUAUAACAUUUUUUUCUACUACUGUAAAUUGCUCAGUAGAGAAUUUAUUAACAAACUUAUCAAUGAGGAAUAUGUCCUUUCGGACAAGGAGCAAUAUUUUUACGCAGAAAAUUGUCAGCUUUUUUAUUAUUUUACGCAAAAAAUUAUUUAUAUUCAAUUUUCCCACUACAGCGAAAUUCAGAAAUGGUGUGUGGACUGUUGCUUGUUCUUUUUCUUUUAUAAAAAUAACAUUCUUCUGCUGCUGUACCUGUUUAUAUACAUAAAUAGCGUCCACCACGGGUCCGUCUACGCCUCCUAUAUUUACCACAAGAGAAAUUUUACCUCCAUUCAUAUCAUCUUCUUCUACACGCUGUUCACCCUAUCGUACUUGAUGUGCUUUUCCAAAAAGUUGAAGUACUUUAUUUUGUACUUUGUCAAUUAUAAGAAGUACAUUCACAAGAUCCUCUUCAGGAGGUCCGUCGUGCACGCCCUUUUUCUCUACCACAAGCUGAUAUACUUGCGGAUCGUCCUGCAGAACCAGCUGUCUCUGGAGAGGCGCGCCCCCGCGCAGGUUUACCACAUUUCCCCGGUGAUCUACGUGCGGGAGAACGCCGUCGAAUGGUACUUCCUAGCAAUCGGACUGGACAAAUACUACCUCGUGUAUAUCCCAGACAACUUUGAAGAAAACAUAACGGAACAUAAGGACAUCAAACUGGUAAUCCACUCGGAGAAAAAAUACGCAGACAUAACCAGAAUAUGCCUGACCAAGCACAGUGAUAACUUUUUCGUUUUCGGUUACAUAAGUCAUGAGGAUGAUAAGAGCUACGAAUUGUAUGACCUGUUCAUAAGUGUUAACAGACACUUUCGAGAUGAAAUAAUUUCCUACGCGCAAUUUUUAUCCGGGGGGAGUCUCGAAACAAAGGUGGAUUUGGUGCAGGACACUGUGUUUGCAAAUAACCUCAAAAGGUAUAUGAACGUGCGGAACAUUAUUAUAACGUCUUUUGCGUAUAAGGAGGUGAAACAAAGUGGGUACUCCAAAGGGAGGAGAAAAGCGGGGGGAAAAAGGAGGGACAACCUAGGCAGUGAUGAGCAGCUGCAUGGAUGGUCAGAUAACCAACCAGAUGGAGGAUCGCUCCAGUCCGAACCCUCUUCAGACCUCCGUUAUAGCGAGUCUAGUGGCACAGUCAACCGUUUUGAAGAGGCACAAUCUUCCGGAGCCGAGUCGAACGAAGAACAGUUUAACAUUUUUAGGAGAAACACAUACAGCACGAAAAAGCGCAAACUCUUCUUUUUCGUUUUGACGAAAAAUCAUUUAUACAUUUUUAAAUUGAAUUUUAAAAAAUGGUUAUGUUUAAGUCCUUUCGUCGAUGGAGAAAAGGAUGACAUCCACCUUUACGUUGAGUCCAGCCAAGACAGUGCAGAAGAACCCACCAGGGGAAAAAAAAAAAUCUUUACCAAUGAGAAGAUAUAUUUGAAUAAUUUCUUGGGACUCUGUGCCAGUCCUACUGACGAUCAGAACGUUGCCUUUGCCAGGAAGUGUGCAGUCCGGAACACCAUCAAACAUGUCUACUCGUGUAACAACACGGAGUAUACGAAUGAGCACGUGGUGCUGUCGACAAACACGUCCACCACGCAGACUGACGCGCAGAGCGACGGUCAUUCGGAUGAUCAGCGAGACGGUCACCCAAACGGCGAAGCUCCGAUGGGUGGGCAGCACUACGAACAUAACCAGAGGUACCUAUCUGCAAACAAACCCUUCCUAAAAAUUGUGCACAAAUAUAAUAACGAAAAUUUGAGCAAAAUUAAAUUUGUUAACAAUUACGAAAGUGUAGUGGCGCUCAGCUACAAAGUCAAGCAUGGGGAGUCUCCGGAAAAAAAAAUUAAAAUCAUCAUGUUUGACGAUUAUACGCGGGAGCUUUGGAAACGUUCUCUGGCACUUUCGCUCAACAUACAAAUGACUUCCUCGGAGUGGCUACGAAAAUGGACAUGA